AUGGGGGUCUCUGGGAAAGGGGGCGUUUCACAACCGUCAUCUAAGAAACUCAGGGCGGCGAGGCGCUGGCCGCCUCCCUCCACCCCAGCGCCGCCGUCCUCCCUCCACUCCAGCGCCGCCCGCCUCCCUCCACCGCACACUGGCCAACGGAGAUGCGAACUCUGCCUCGACCACCUGCUCCCACCCCACACCAACACACCACACCGCUGGAUCCCGUCCGUCGAGCGCCAAAUCUCGCCGGCCCUGGAGCCGCGAUCCGCCGGACCACCGCAGCUCCCUUCUUGUCCCCGGUCACCAUCCACCGCCCCCGAGCUCCACUCUGGGAUCCCGCUGUUUACCCAUCAAGCUCCACGGCAGGGAUUUCGGGAGAGUGGAGACCUGGAAGAGCACUUUCAGGCGUUAUUGGCCAUGACAAUAAAUGACCAAGAAGAGCACUUUCAAUAGUCAAGGAAGACAACAACAACAACAACAACGAAAAAAAAUGCAAUGAUGCAUCAUGCUGACAUUGAUGAAAAGCUAUGAUUUUGCGCUCCUAUUUGUUAUUAUGUCAAUGAGAAACCAAUACUUAUUUUCUUCAGGUUUUGUGUUUUAGUUGGUGAGGGAUAAACAAAUUUUCCUAUUCAAGUGGAAGCUCCCAGUAUAUGAUGGAU